AAUGGUAUCUCACCUUUAGAGAGGCCAUUUAUUGAUACUUUCUAUGCGAUUGGUCAAGCAAUGCAAUUGGUUAAUAUUGCUCGUGAUAUUGUCCAUGAUAGUACAACCGAUGGAAGAUGUUAUAUACCUGCAAUGUUCAUGGAAAAUUCUGAAAAAGAAAUUGACCUGUUAACGAAUAAGAAAACACCCUGGGCCUUGGGUGUGGAAACUUUGAGUAAAUAUUCAAAGUUAAUUGUAGCUCUUUCUUAUUAUUGCUGCUCUAAAGUACCGCAAACAUUGAAUUCGAUGCCUGGUGAGGUUCGAAAACCUUUAAUGAUAUUCAGUGAAAUUUAUCGAACUAUUGGUUCACAGAUAUUGAAACAUGAAGGUUUCGAAAAACGUAUUUUCGUACCACUUUACAAGAAGAUUUGGAUCGCAUUGAGUUACCUUUAUUUCAAUAGAAAACACAUCUAAAUACAAUUUACUCUUUUUCGAUUUUGUAUCAAAAUCUUUUCUCUUCUUCUUAAUUGUAAUUAAAAAUUAAAAUUCUAUCGUUAUUAUGUACAUAUCAAUAAACUUUAUAUUAAUCUAAACUCUCAA